UGUGAAGAUCACUUUGAUGUAAGUAACUGUAUUAACAUUACCUAUCUAAUGAAAUAUACUCUUUAAUGAUAGGUUAACUACUUCAAGAAUCAAUACUUUGGGAAAUGUGGAUAAUAUUUAGAGGUUAUAAAAUCUAUGUAGUAAAGAUGCUAAUAACUUAUUUUUCUUACGUUUCAGUUGGAACAUGACAUGGAAAACUAUAUAAAGUAUAAAAUAAUGGGUUCAGUAAAAAGGAUUAAAAUUAAACCUAAUUGCAUACCCUCCAGGUUUGCUUGGAAUAGAAAACACAAGAUUUUAAAAGAAUCACAUCCUACUGAAGCUAAAAGGCAAAGAGUAGCCUUACCUGAGGAUUCUUAUCAUGAUUAUAAAGAAGCAGAGAAUAAUGAAGUGUCAUCUUAUACAGAAGGUUUGCAAACAGAAAGGGGUGGACCCUCUCAAGUUCUCAAAAAACAGGAACACAAAGCGACUCAAAUUAACCAAAUGCAGGAACACAAAGCCACUCAAGUAGUGCCGAGCCAGAGACAUAAAGCAAUUCAGGUUUGCCAAAGGGCACAUAUCAGAAGUAGACAGGUUCAACCCAAUUUACAAAGUAGAGAUAAAAUAACUUCGCCAAUUAAAUUAAAUGUAUCAAUUGCUACAUCGCCUUUAAAAUCUUUGGCUAAAAACAUUAUAAAACCAUCGACGUCUCAGCCACCUGCUUCAAGAAAGUUAAGUUUUAUAGAAGAAUUCUGUGACAGUGAUACUUCAUGUACACCAUCAGUAGCAGGGUCAACAGUUGAACAAGACUAUUCUCCAUCUAAAACAAGCAUGUCCAAAACUACUUCAGACAGCAGCUUACAAGAUGAACAUAAAAAACUUCAAAAAAUAAAUUUGCAAAGUACAAUAAGUAAAAUAAUUGAUAAGCCUAAACUUUACAUAGGUAUUAAUAAAAAUCUAUAUUUUAUCAUUGAUUUAAUUAAAAAGCAUACAGAUAUCACUGUGCCCAAUAUUUUAUUAUGUUUAAUGAAAAUUAAGUUAAAUAGGACUUUCUCACAAUUAUCAGAUGAUUUCGAUUUAUCUGUGACCCAAGCGAGUAAUAUAUUUAAUAACAACAUGCCAGGUAUUGUUAAAGUCCUUUCACCAUUUGUCAAACAAUUUUCAAGUACAUCAAUAAAAAAAAAUUUACCUAUAGCUUUUCAACACAGAUAUAACCAGGUGACAUGUAUCAUUGAUUGCUUGGAAAUAGAAAUCCAAAAACCUUCUAAGGCUAUGCAUCAAGCAUUGACCUGGUCAGAAUAUAAGAAAACAAAUACCAUUAAAUACCUUGUCUCAUGUACUCCUGAUGGACUCGUAAACUUUGUGUCAAAUGGCUAUGCAGGAAGAAUUAGCGAUGUAAGCCUGUUAGAAGAAAGUUUGUUUUUGGAAAGCUUGAAUCCAGGCUCAUAUAUUUUAGCUGAUAGAGGUUUUAAAAAUGUAGAAUCAUUCUUGUCUCAAAAAGGAUUUUUCCUACUAAGGCCACCAAGUGUUCAUACCGGGAUGAAAUUAUCUAAAAAAGAAGUAAAGCAGACCAAGCAAAUUGCCAGUCUUAGAAUCCAUAUUGAAAGGGUAAUUAGAAGACUGCGUGAAUUUAGCAUUUUAAAAAUGCAUACAGUUGUCAAUACUAAUUUAAUUGGCAUUUUGGAUUUAUGUAUUAAAGCAGCAUGUGCAUUAAUUAAUCUACAAGGAUCUUUAAUUAAAUAAAUAAUUGCAAAUAUAU